AUGGCCGAAGUCGCGGGUAUCGUGCUCGGAGCCGUGCCUCUACUUAUAUCCGCUCUGGAGCACUAUCAGGAUAUCAUAGGCCCGGUAGUCAGGUUCAAAAACUGGAGAGGUGAACUCGGAACCGUUAUAUUACGCCUGGUGACCGAGCGCGCCUCAUAUGACCAGAACCUGCGGAUAAUGCUGCUCAGAGCCGUCGGCAGUGAUGACCUAGAGCAGAUGGUCACAGAUCCACAAAGCCAGAUCUGGAGGUCCGAAGGAUUCGCCGAAGACAUGAAGAUCGAACUUGGCCGUGCAUACGAUCCAUGCAUGGGUCUGGUAAAGAAUAUCGCAGGAACGCUCGAGACAAUAGCCGCGAAUCUCAAUAUCGAGGGUUCAGACAGGAUACGAAAGGAGGGCCUUCAAGCCGUAGUCUCCGCCAACCCGCCGGAGUUGAACACCACUGACGGUGGCUCCCGGUUCCAUUUUCGAAAACGUGUCGACUUCACCAUGAAGCGCCGGGAUGUGAUUAGAAGCCUAAAGACCAUCGAAGAAGACAACGAAAAGCUGCGUAUGCUCCUGGAGGUGGCGGAUAAGAUCACUUCCAUACAAGACGACGUAGGGGCGUCUUCAAGGGCUCGUAUACGCUUUGUAGGAUCGUUGAAAGGCAUACGAUCGAAUGCCUGCCUCGUUCAUCGCGGCCUGGACGCGAAAUUCUGUAUGGAUCACGAGUGCCAUCAAGCAGGGCUUUUGUUAGAGCAACGCUUGAAAAGGCGGAAAAGAACAUUGAGGCAGGCUAUGCCAAAGGAUGUAGGAAAAUUGGGACGCUUCUGCGUCUCUGUGUAUAGAUGCCCUGGGACAGCCUGGCUCGACACAGAGAUUAACAUAGAUGACGAUGAUAAUUAUGGAAGGCCAAAUGGGCCAAAGGUAUCAUUCUCAGUUUCAACACUGGAAGGCACCGAGAAACCAGACCUACCAGGUUACAAUACUGGACUAGAAAUCCACGACAUCUGCAAAGUCAUACACGGGGCCGCCCACCCCCAAGUUGGGUUCAGAUUAGACGGCUCCGGCAAACUUCGUGGACUUUAUGAGAUAGAAACCCAGCCUCACUCCCUCGUCAAUAACUACGUUACGAUGGAUAAGUUCCUGUCAGUGAUUCAGCAGAGGGAGCACUCGAUGCCGGACUUUUACUGCCUCGUCGUCACCCUAGUCUCCUCUGUAUUACAACUUGGAGAAACCCCGUGGCUGAACAUGCCUUGGAACCGGCGAAGCAUCAUCUUUCUGCGAUCGGAACGGGGUGUUCACUCAGCGGUAGACAUCAAACAUCCUUAUUUAACACACUGGUAUAAUGCAGAUGCUGCUAAGUUGAGCAGUGAGGAAGAUGACACAACACGAAACCAGCAGAACAUGCUUGCACUCGCCAUUAUGCUACUGGAACUCAACUUCGGAGUGCCGAUUGAGAAUCUGAGGCAAGCCUCGGACAUGGGGGCGGAUGGGCAGCCGAACGCCUUUACGGAUCUGCUGACGGCCCAGAGAUGGUUUAACAGCAAAUCUCGCAAGGGCCAGCUGUCUCAUGGAUUCAAGAGCGCCAUCAAGUUCUGUCUGCAAUGCUACGUUGAUCCCGAUGCAUCAUUCGAAAACGCCGAGUUCACACAGGCGAUAGAGGACCAGGUUCUGAAACCCCUGGAAUCUGAGAUGCAGCAACUAGUUUAUGGGGGAAGUUGA